GAAUAAUCCAUCACUCAUUUCUUUGCUGAAUUCCGUUCAUCUUUAAGAAAAUGGGAAGCUUAAUAUGGUUUUCCCAAUUCCUCUGCCUUUCCUUCAUAUUGUUACAGUUUCGAGUCCGAAGCUCCUCACCUUCUCAAUCUUCUCUUGAUUCACCGCAACAUUUGUGCCAUCCUGAAGAGCGUUCUGCGUUGCUUGAUUUCAAAAGCACUACUAAUAUGGUGGAAGGCUGUCUUGGUACUCCUAUAAUACAAACUUGGAACGAGAGCAUAGACUGCUGCUUGUGGGAGGGUAUCACAUGCGACAAGCCGAAAGAUCAUGUGAUUGGCCUUGAUCUUAGCCGUAAUUGUCUUGAAGCUAAUCUAACUACAAAUAGUAGUCUUUUCCGCCUAGAGAAAUUGCAGAGCCUUAACCUUUCUCACAACAAUUUUAGUUUCCCCAAUAUCUCAUUUGGGUUUCACCGUUGGAAGAGUUUGACAUAUCUUAAUCUCUCAGGUACGAGAUUUCAUUUCUUUCUUUUGUUUGAAAUCUCCAUGCUUUCAAAACUAAUUUCACUUGCCCUAGUUUCACAAAUCCUUAACUUUGCAGAAUUGGGAUAUAUGGAUGGCUCUCUCCUAUUCGAGAUCUCCUUGCUAUCGAAAUUUGUUUCACUCGAUCUCUCCCAUAAUGAUGGUUUGCUUCUUGACAACAUAAAGUUUCAAAUGCUUGUGCAUAACUUAACAGAAUUAAGGUUUCUUAUCCUUGAUUCUGUGAAUAUGCCUCUGGUUGUGCCUUCUUCCUUGCUAAACUUGACUUCCUCCUUAGAAUAUUUGAGCCUUAGCGAUUGUAAUUUGCAAGGAAACUUUUUUACGUCAAUCUUCAACCUUACGAAUCUUACUUAUUUGAGACUGUCAUCAAAUAAGCUGAUAGGGCCUCUUCCUUACAAUAUAAGUGGACUCUCAUUUUUGUAUAAGCUCCAAAUGGAUAAUAAUUUCAUCACAGGUCAUGUACCAUCUUGGUUGUUUUCUCUGCCUUUUUUGUCCCAUUUAGACCUUCGAAACAACAGACUUACCGGACCUAUUGAUCAUGUUGAGAUGCCUAAUCUCAUUUUACAAGAAGUCUAUUUGUCCAAUAAUGAGAUAAGUGGUUCAAUUCCUAGCCCUUUCUUUCAUCUUGUGAAUCUUACUAUAGUCGACUUUUCUUCAAAUAAUUUAAGUGGCACCAUGACAGCCAACAUGCUUUCAAAACUUGUAAACCUUGAGAUACUUGAUCUUUCCAAUAAUAGUUUGCUGUCUUUGAGCAAUGAUGGCACUGUUGUCAAUUAUUCCUUUCCAAACCUCUGGUUUUUAAAAUUCUCUUCUUGCAACAUACACAAGUUCCCGAGUUUCUUAAGGAAGGCAGAGAGAUUGCGAGAAUUGGAUAUUUCCAAGAACAAGAUUUCUGGUCAAAUUCACAAAUGGGAAAUGGAAGGGAUGUCAUUGUGCAGGUUAAACCUUUCUUAUAACUUCUUGACUGGUAUAGAUCCAUUUGGUCUUGGAAAUGUUGUAACUAUUGACCUCAGAUCCAACUUACUACAAGGAUCACUUCCCAUUCUAUCAACAACUUGGGAUUCUAUGAUACUACUCUUCAUUUCAGGGAAUAAUUUGACUAGUGAAAUCCCCCUUUCUUAUUGCAAUUUGACUUUUCUUAGGAUUCUGGAUUUGGCUAAUAAUAGUUUGGGAGGAAAAAUUCCAGAAUGUCUUGGAAAGUUGAGUAAUCUCACCAGCUUGGAUCUACGGAUGAAUAAGUUUCAUGGUAGAAUACCCAAUUCUUUUGUCAACGGGAGUCAAUUGAGAACUCUUAACCUAAAUGGCAACCAGUUGGAAGGGAUACUACCACGGUCUUUGGUUAAUUGCAGUAAGUUGGAAAUUCUAGAUGUGGGGAACAACAACUUGAAUGAUACCUUUCCACAUUGGUUAGGUGUUCUUCAAUCACUAAAAGUUCUCAUCCUUCGAUCUAAUCAAUUUCAUGGUGCCAUCAACAAUUCUAUGCCUGUAUUUUACUUCCCUCAUUUGAGAAUCAUUGAUGUUGCACAGAAUGAUUUUAUGGGUCUCCUACCGAGUAACUAUUUCAAAAUUUUGAAAGGCAUGAGAGUUGUAGCUCCAGCUGAUAAAGUCAAAUUGGAAUACAUUGGUUACGUGCUAGGACAUAAUAAUGUGAAAUGUGUGCUGGUGAGAAUUUGCUCAAUGUCUCAUCAUGACAUUAAUUAUAAGGAUUCUGUGAAGGUAGUGGUGAAAAGGUUAGAGCUGGAGCUUGUAAGGAUCUUGACAAUUUUCACAACCAUUGAUUUCUCAGGCAAUCAAUUCCAUGGGGAAAUUCCUGAAGAGUUGGGAGAACUCAAUUUACUUAAAGUGCUAAACUUGUCUCACAAUAGUCUCACAGGUCAAAUUCCAUCAUCGUUGGGGAAAUUAGCAGAACUUGAGUCAUUAGAUCUCUCAUCAAACAACCUUGAAGGCAGGAUUCCUGAGCAAUUGACAAAUCUAAUAUUCCUAUCAGUUUUGAAUCUUUCACACAAUGAAUUUGAGGGCCACAUACCUGAAGGGAGGCAGUUCAGUACUUUCUCAAAUGAUUCCUACAUUGGAAACUCUGGGUUGUGUGGAUUCCCAUUGACAAAGAAAUGCCACAAUGAGGAAGAACGAGGAGCACUUCCAUCACAAUUUGAUGAAGAAGAUGACUCUACAGCACUCUUUGAGUGGAAGUUUGCAUUGGCAGGCUAUGGGUGUGGACUAGUGUUGGGACUUAGUCUGGGAUACAUUGCCUUCACUAUAGGAAAACCAUGGUGGGUGGUGAAGAAAGUGGAGAAAUAUCAACAGAAAUUAGUUGGAAGGUGCAACAGAAGGCAUAAGAAGAGAAAAACCCAAAAACCCAACCAACGCUCUUAGGGGAAAGCAGGUGCAGUUGAUUUCCUACUCUGGGCAGAUCUGGCAACAGUUGCUUCUUGAGUUUGUUUCCAUAUUUUUCAUGUUCAUUGUUGAUAUAUAGUUGUGUUGACUUGUGUGGGAAUUAUGGUUAUGUAUGAACUUGUGUUGAUUUCUUUUGGAUUUCAUCUAUCUGCUCUGCAGGCAGUUGCUCAUGUAUUUUUAUUAGUGUAAUUGGUUUCUUUUAAUGUUAUAUAUCUCUUCGUAUUUUAUUCUCUUUUCCUUUGUUUUGGUUGCCUUUGAACAGUGCAUUUUGCUGAAGUAAAAUGUAAAAAUUCUU